AUGCAGGCCGUAGAGCAUGUUGUUCGCUCAUUCAUCGUUGAAGAACUUCCAGACCCUAAACGGGAGAAGAUUGUGAUCAAUCUUGGCUGUGGAUAUGACCCUCUCCCCUUUCAAUUCAUCUCAAGCACGCAGGGCCUCGAAAACAUACUAUACAUUGACCUUGAUUAUCCUGACCUGAUUGCUGUCAAGUCACGCGUUAUAUCUAACACCCCAGGACUCCACAACCUUCUCAAGAAUCCAGAGCUUCACGACCCGCCUGUAGGAAAUGUCCAUUACCGGAGCUCGCAGUAUCUAGCCAUUGGUUGUGAUCUUCGUGAACUUGACAAGCUUAAGCGUAUACUCGUGGACGGUGGAUUGAUUGGCAAUGCUGCCAUAUUGUUCACGGCCGAAAUAUCACUUGCCUACGUGGACUGGGACGCAGUCGACGCGCUCAUUGCAUGGACAGCUACUCUUCCAGAUGCCCGCUUUUCAAUAAUGGAGCAGUGUUUGCCGUCAGGGCCAUCUCACCCAUUUGCCAGAACCAUGUUAAAACACUUCAGCAACCUCUCUACACCUCUAAAAUCAAUUGAGACGUACCCUACUCUUACCGAUCAAGUUACCCGGUUUGCAAGUGGAGGCUGGGAAACAGUAGAUACUUUAGAUCUCCUAGCCUUUUGGAGCAGUUUGGUGACGGAUUCCCAAAGAAAGCAUCUGGAAUCAGUAGAGCCUUUUGAUGAGUGGGAAGAAUUCUUAGUAUUUUGCCAACACUAUUUUAUUACCCAUGCACGAACCGGAGGAGUUCGCCAGCAGGAUCCAGGACCAUUCCGGGCAGAAGGGAUAAGGUGGAGAGGUGGAGACUACUGUUCUCAUCCGGAUCAAAGACCAUUUCUGAUGCGAGCCCACAGUUCAGAAGAACCCAGGAUCGAGGGUGGAUACGUCGGCGAGUUCGCAGCGCUCCCAUUGUUAAGGCGAUGGAUGGGUGCUGCGGCGGAAUGGGAGGAUAACCAAUGGGUUUAUCACGGAGGACUAGGCUUAUCUACAAGGGGAGGGACAUCUCUACUUAUUACUAAAGGCGAGCACAGGGAGUCCCUCAGAUUCUAUAAAGAACACCCGGCGCCGAAUAGGCGAGGCCCGAACGCAAGGACGUCCCAUACACUUACCCAGCUUGCGCCAGAAAAGCUGUUGUUGGUCGGUGGAAGAGCUUCGCCGGACAUGCCUCUGAGUGACGCCUGGAUUGCGGAAUCCGGGCGUUGGAGGAAGGUCGAGAGUCUUCCCCGGGGUAGGUAUAGGCACUGCGCUACUGCAGUUGGGCCGGAGAAGAUACUAAUCUGUGGGGGGAAGGGCGAUGGAAACGUUGUUUUGGAUGAGUGGUUUUUGUGGAAUGGGGAUAGGGGCUGGAAGGAGUUGACAGUUGACGCAGAACGAAAGCCAUCUCCGAGAUUUGGGGCUAGUUUAUGUUGGACCGAUAGAGGAUAUGGAGUGUUGAGCGGUGGUAUGGAUGAUAAGGGCCAGGUCCUUGGGGAUAUGUGGAGGCUUGAUAUAGUAGACGAUAGUAGGCUCGUUGUGACAUGGUGUUCUAUCAACUCGCGCUCCACGGGGACCUUAUUAAGACGGUUUGGUGCGAAAUCGACCUACUUGGGAGAGGGAAGGUUGUUGAUCAUCGGCGGUGUUUCCGGUGGGGCGCUGCUAAAGACUGAAGAUGAGGUGGUGGAGGUACAUUGUGAAAAACUAACAGCAAAGGGAAUCGAUGUUGCAUACCGUGAGCCUGGGGAAAGGUUACCUUUUCUAAUAGGGCACCAGGUGUUACCAGCUGGCGAGGGGAUUUUCUGUGUUGUUGGGGGCGGGGGUGUAUGUUUCAACUUUGGAGGAUGUUUCAACGAAGGGAUAUGGACCAUUAUCCCACCCGGCGUAGAGCCACCAACCCGGGAAUGGAAAGUCUUGGAAGAAGGGGAGGUAUUACAGAAGAAGAAACAUAGAACGAUAUCCACCACGGACUUAGACAACAAAGUUGGAUCUACGGGAGAGGGAGAAUCAUUGAUGACUGGAAUUAGGAGAGUCAUAAUAAAGAGCCAGGAAGACUUUUGGAAGGUUAGAGAUGCCGGAGAGCCUGUUGUGAUUGAAGGGUUGGGUAUUGGUGAAUGUGUUGGGAAGUGGACUCCUAGCUACCUCAAAGCUGCAAUUGGCUCGGAAAGACGGGUUAUCGUUCACACCUCGCAAGCCAAAAGUAUGAACUUCCAUGUCAAAAACUUUAGCUACAAAAACAUAACCUUCGGCGACUUCAUCGACGACAUAACAAGCGGGUCCUCGCCAGAAAACCUUUACCUCCGCUCCCUCUCCACUGCAAGACCACGAACAUAG